AUGAAAUGGUUUUAGCUUUCGAUAGUUUUUGGCUCCUGAUUGAUGGAGCUUCACUAAAAUCAGCAGAAACUAAAGCUAAAGUUACACAAAAUCUCAAUUCUUUUGUGAAGAACAAGAUUGUAUGCUCGGUAAUUUGAUUUGAAUCUGGCUUCUGAAUCAAGGUGUGAAAGGGUGAAUAAUAAUAAUAAUAAUGAGUAAUAGCAUAAGUCACAAUUUGUUACAGCAGAGUUUGGUUAGACACUCAGUAGUAUUAGAACAUCGAAACAAGCUCAACUCUUCGUCGUCUUCUUCUGCUGCUGCUUCUGGCAUUGCUUCUUUAUCGGCACCGCAGAUACGCAGGUCGUCGAUAUCAUCUAGUUUUUAUGGAAACAGAUUAAAAAUUAGCAAAUCAAAAUUAGCUAUUGGAACUCCUCGUCCUGCUACUAUCACUCCGCGUGCUGUUUUAGCUAUGGAUCCUGCUUCUGAGCUUGUAGGAAAAUUCAAACUUGAUGGAAAUUCUGAAUUGCAGGUUUCUGUUAGCAAUGCUGGUUCUAUAACGCAAGUAAAUUUUCAGAUUUCAUAUGGUAGCGAUUCUUUGCUGCUACAUUGGGGUGGGAUACGUGAUAGAAAGGAAAAGUGGAUACUUCCUUCUCGUUGUCCAGAUGGAACCAAAAAUUACAAGAACAGAGCCCUUAGAAGUCCUUUUGUUAAGUCUGGUUCAAGUUCUUACCUCAAAAUUGAGAUUGAUGAUCCUGCAAUACAAGCGUUAGAGUUUCUAGUACUUGAUGAAGGCCAGAACAAAUGGUUUAAAUAUAAAGGUCAGAACUUUCAUGUUAAGUUACCUGAAAGAGAGAAGGUAAUGAUUCAAAAUGUCUCAGUUCCUGAAGAGCUUGUACAGGUUCAAGCAUAUCUGAGGUGGGAAAGAAAGGGCAAACAGAUAUAUACCCCUGAACAAGAGAAGGAAGAAUAUGAUGCUGCUCGUGUUGAGCUAUUGGAGGAAUUAGCCAGAGGUACUUCUGUCGAGGACCUUCGAACAAGGCUUACAAACAGAAAUGAUAGACAUGAAAUUAAGGAGCCACCAGUCGCUGAAACGAAAACCAAGAUACCUGAUGAUCUUGUACAGAUUCAAUCUUAUAUAAGAUGGGAAAAAGCAGGGAAACCCUCCUAUUCUCCAGAGCAGCAACUGAGGGAAUUUGAGGAAGCAAGGCAAGACUUGCAGAGAGAAGUGAAAAGAGGCGUAUCUCUUGAUGAGAUAAGGAAGAAGAUAGCUAAAGGAGAGAUCCAGAGCAAGGUUUCAAAGCAGCUGCAGAAACAAAAGUAUGUUAGUAGUGAAAAAAUUCAACGCAAAAGGAGGGACUUAGCACAGCUUAUUACUAAAUAUGCAGCUACACCUGUAGAGGAGCCAGUAUCAUCAGAACCAAAAGCCUUGAAGGCAAUUGAACUUUUUGCUAAGGCAAAGGAAGAACAAGUUGGUGGUGCUGUUCUGAACAAGAAAAUGUUCAAGCUUGCUGAUGGGGAACUUCUAGUACUUGUGACCAAGCCUCCUGGCAAGACAAAGAUUUAUGUUGCCACUGAUUUCAGAGAGCCAGUGACUCUUCACUGGGCUUUGUCUAGAAAUAGUAGAGAGUGGUCGGCACCACCUUCAGGUGUGUUGCCCCCUGGUUCAGUUACAUUGAGCGAGGCUGCUGAAACACAACUGACCAAUGUUUCUUCUGCUGAACUUCCUUACCAGGUCCAAUCUUUUGAACUGGAGAUUGAAGAAGACAAUUUUGUAGGGAUGCCUUUUGUGCUUUUGUCUAAUGGAAACUGGAUAAAGAAUAAGGGCUCGGACUUUUAUAUUGAAUUUAGUGGUGGACCUAAGCAAGUCCAAAAGGACGCUGGUAACGGCAGAGGUACAGCAAAAGCAUUGUUGGAUAAAAUUGCAGAGAUGGAGAGUGAAGCACAGAAGUCCUUUAUGCACCGAUUUAAUAUUGCAGCAGAUUUAAUGGAGCAAGCAAAGGAUUCUGGUGAAUUGGGUCUUGCAGGGAUCUUGGUGUGGAUGAGGUUUAUGGCUACAAGGCAACUUAUUUGGAACAAGAAUUACAAUGUUAAACCACGUGAGAUCAGUAAAGCACAGGAUAGGCUGACAGACUUGCUCCAGAAUAUUUACACAAGUCAACCACAAUAUCGGGAGAUUUUGAGGAUGAUUAUGUCUACUGUUGGUCGAGGAGGUGAAGGUGAUGUGGGACAACGUAUUCGGGAUGAAAUCCUGGUUAUUCAGAGAAACAAUGACUGCAAAGGUGGAAUGAUGGAGGAAUGGCAUCAGAAGCUGCACAAUAACACGAGUCCUGAUGAUGUCGUAAUCUGCCAGGCAUUAAUUGACUACAUUAGUAGUGGAUUUGACAUCAGCAUGUACUGGAAAAGUUUGAAUGAAAAUGGAAUAACAAAAGAACGACUUUUAAGUUAUGAUCGUGCCAUCCAUUCUGAACCAAACUUCAGAAGAGAUCAAAAAGAUGGUCUCCUGCGCGAUCUUGGAAACUAUAUGAGAACUUUGAAGGCAGUUCAUUCAGGUGCAGAUCUCGAGUCUGCUAUUGCAAAUUGUAUGGGUUACAGAGCUGAGGGUCAAGGCUUCAUGGUUGGAGUGCAGAUAAAUCCCAUUUCAGGAUUGCCAUCUGGAUUUCCAGAAUUGCUUCAAUUUGUUUUGGAACAUGUUGAAGAUAAAAAUGUAGAAGCACUUCUUGAGGGUUUACUGGAGGCUCGGCAGGAGCUUAGGCCAUUGCUGUUUAAGUCACAUGAUCGUCUGAAGGAUCUUCUAUUUUUGGAUAUUGCCCUUGAUUCUACUGUCAGGACAGUUAUUGAGAGGGGAUACGAAGAAUUAAAUAAUGCUGGGCAAGAGAAAAUAAUGUAUUUCAUCACUCUGGUUCUUGAAAAUCUUGCACUUUCCUCGGAUGACAAUGAAGAUCUUAUCUAUUGCAUGAAGGGAUGGAAUCAUGCCCUAAGUAUGUCCAAAAGUAAAAGUGAUCAAUGGGCAUUAUAUGCAAAAUCAGUCCUUGACAGAACUCGCCUUGCCCUAUCUAGCAAGGCUGAAUGGUAUCAGCAAGUUUUGCAACCAUCAGCAGAGUAUUUGGGAUCACUGCUUGGGGUGGACCAGUGGGCUGUGAACAUAUUUACUGAAGAAAUUAUCCGUGCUGGAUCAGCUGCAUCUUUGUCCUCCCUUCUUAAUCGACUCGAUCCAAUUCUUCGGAAAACUGCUAAUCUUGGAAGUUGGCAGGUUAUUAGCCCAGUUGAAGUUGCUGGAUAUGUUGUUGUUGUGGACGAGUUACUCACAGUACAAAAUAAAUCUUAUGGUCGGCCUACAAUUUUGGUGGCAAGAAGAGUAAAAGGAGAAGAAGAAAUUCCAGACGGUACAGUUGCUGUGCUGACACCUGACAUGCCAGAUGUCUUAUCCCAUGUGUCUGUGCGAGCAAGGAAUGGCAAGGUUUGCUUUGCAACAUGCUUUGAUCACAACAUUUUGGAAAAACUCCAAGCACAUGAAGGGAAAUUGUUGCAGCUGAAACCCACAUCAGCAGAUAUUGUCUAUAAUGAGAUAUCUGAGGGUGAACUAGCAGAUUCAAGUUCAACUAACAUGAAAGAAGUUGGUUCUUCACCUAUAAAGUUGGUAAAAAAGCAGUUCAGCGGUAGAUAUGCUAUAUCAUCUGACGAGUUUACAAGUGAAAUGGUUGGUGCCAAAUCACGCAAUAUCUCGCAUUUAAAAGGAAAAGUGCCAUCUUGGAUUGGGAUUCCUACAUCGGUUGCCUUACCAUUUGGAGUUUUUGAGAAGGUUCUUUCAGAUGGUUCAAAUAAGGAAGUGGCUAAGAAGUUGGAACUGUUGAAGAAAAAGUUGGGAGAAGGAGAUUUUAGUGUCCUUGGAAAAAUCCGUGAGACAGUUUUAGGACUGGCAGCACCGCAGCAGUUGGUGCAAGAGCUGAAGACCAGUAUGCAAAGUUCUGGGAUGCCGUGGCCUGGUGAUGAAGGAGAACAACGAUGGCAGCAGGCAUGGAUGGCUAUCAAGAAGGUCUGGGCAUCAAAAUGGAAUGAGAGAGCAUACUUCAGCACAAGGAAAGUGAAGUUAGACCAUGAUUACCUCUGCAUGGCUGUCCUGGUUCAGGAGAUUAUAAAUGCUGAUUAUGCAUUUGUUAUCCACACAACCAAUCCAUCCUCAGGGGACUCAUCGGAGAUCUACGCCGAGGUGGUGAGGGGACUUGGAGAAACUCUAGUUGGAGCUUACCCUGGUCGGGCUCUCAGUUUUGUCUGCAAGAAACAAGAUUUGAACUCUCCUCAGGUGUUGGGUUACCCAAGCAAACCCAUCGGCCUCUUUAUAAGACGUUCUAUUAUCUUCAGAUCUGACUCAAAUGGUGAGGAUCUGGAAGGUUAUGCUGGUGCAGGCCUUUAUGAUAGUGUUCCAAUGGAUGAAGAAGAAAAGGUUGUUAUUGAUUACUCAUCUGAUCCGUUGAUCAUGGAUGGCAACUUUCGGCAAUCAAUUCUCUCCAGCAUUGCUCGUGCAGGAAGUGCAAUUGAGGAGCUCCAUGGAUCUGCACAAGACAUUGAAGGUGUGAUAAGGGACGGAAAACUCUACGUGGUUCAGACAAGACCCCAGAUGUAAUCUUCUAAUUUAUUCUCUCACCUAUUUCUUCUCCGUUUGGAUUUUGCUUACGGUCAUUGUAUAAAUGGGACACAGAAAGAGGGAACUGAAAAGAAAAAGGUAAACAUAUGAAUAAGCAACAAGGGAAAAAUAAUAACAAAUUUAACAUCAAAGAUUCGUAUGUAAUUACAGCCACAUUUAUAAGUUAUAACUUAAACGAUGCACAUUCCCGUCUUAUUAAGCUUAAUACCACCUAUAUAUUUUCUAGUA